AUAACGCCCAAGCCCGCUAAGAUCCACAUCCACAGGACGGUAAUCGUUCCAUUAGCGCGUGAACGUGUUUGGUGUUGGAUUUGUCUUCGUUGCGUGAUCACGCCAAACCAACCGGUUUUACCCCCACUAUUUUUAAUUCCCCAACUACAUAUCCCAUUGCAUCUGCGUUCACACGCAUUUUACGCACAAGAGACAGAGUGGGUCGGGUCUGUGUUUACUUCCGGACUCCGAUUUAGACUUCGUUCAGAAAGCAGCAGCAGCUCCAGUGAAGGUUCAGGCUGGCAGCUAGCACAGUGGCCAUACAAGGCUUCAUGACAGAGGUUACCGGUCUGACCAGCGACAUCCCAGUGGUCAAGUCUAACGCGGCGCUACUGAAUACUGGACACACCGCGACGCAAGACAGACUCGCACUGCUGCUCUCCUCUCCUCAUCUUGCCUUCGUGCUCAAAGUCACUCAAUGCUUCAAUCCCGCUACCAGCUAACAGACUGAUCCGACUGUGUUCCUGCCGCUUCAUGAUCCGAGCUAACUGGGGGAUCAAAACAAGAACAAUCGCUUGAAGUUCAAGCGGCGUUUGCGUUUGAGCGGCCGGGAUCCAUCGACUGGGAAGAGACGCGGGCCCCGCGGGGAAAGAGCAACAGGACUCGGGGGGCCAGUCAGCUAGUGUAGCGAGGGUGGUGGCUGGAUAAACUAGGGGGUUGCCUCCAGCUCCUGGUGGAUUUAUCCCCUGCCAGCUAACAUUAGCUAAGCUAGCCACAAACAGCACCAUGGAUUGGUUAAUGGGGAAGUCCAAAACGAAGCCAAAUGGAAAGAAGCCACCAGCAGAGGAGAAGAAACAGUACUUGGAACCAGAGUUCACGAAAGUCCGCGUGGUGGACUUCGACCUUAAGGAACUGGUGGUGCUGCCCAGAGAGAUAGAUCUCAACGAAUGGCUAGCCAGCAACACAACAACAUUCUUCAAUCUUAUCAACCUUCAGUACAGCACUAUCUCAGAGUUCUGCACUGGGGAGAUCUGUCAAGCCAUGACGGCCUGCAACACAAUAUACUACUGGUAUGACGAGAAGGGGAAGAAGACGAAGUGCACUGCUCCACAAUAUGUAGACUUUGUAAUGAGUCUUUGUCAGAAACUGGUCACAGAUGAGGAAAUCUUUCCCACAAAAUAUGGCAAAGAGUUCCCCAACUCCUUUGAGUCCUUGGUAAAGAAGAUCUGCCGGUACCUGUUCCACGUGCUGGCUCACCUCUACUGGGCGCACUUUAAAGAGACGGUGGCUCUGGAACUGCAGGGCCACUUGAACACUCUGUAUGCACAUUUCAUCGUUUUCGUAAGGGAAUUCAACCUGGUCGACCCCAAGGAGACCUGUAUCAUGGACGACCUGUCCGAAAUCCUCUGCACCCCUGCCCCGCUGCCAGCACUAACCCCGGCCCCCUCCGCCACAGCACCCUCCCCUUCUUCACAAAACCACGUGACGGAGAGAUGAGCGGGGGCGGUGGUGAAACGGCAGCCGCGGGGUGUUAGAAGAUCAGAUGGAGAAGGACAGACAGCCAGGCCCCCUUCCUUGGUGCAAGCAGGACUUAAGAGACCUUCCACUACCCUUAUAUUUCGCUACAACUCCAACCAACCAGCCGGAAGGAAAGGGGGGGAGGGGGGAUUUUUCAAGGGGAGGGUUGGGGUGGCGGGGGAGGGGUUUGUCACGCCAGCAGGAAUUGGCGUGAGCGUUCCUCCGAGGGACAAAUUCCUCCCACCUUCUCUGCAAUUUAAACUAGGAACAAAAAGUAUGUGUAUGUUUUAUUUUUUGGUUUUUAUUUUCUUUUAUUUUUUGUUGACUUUUUAUUUUUGGUUUGAGAGGGAGGUGCAGUGUGUUUGUCAGCACUUCACCUCCCUCUGUCCUCUGCCUAACAUACAGUACAGGAAGGGGGGCUCUGCUUUGCUUCGACCUACUAUUGUACAGUGUUGUUGAUGUGUGGAGAAGAGGCAUCUCUGCUGACUUGUGGGCUUGUCCUUCCCUCCUUCGGCAGUGGGAGGCGGCCUACAGGUGCACGGCCACUACCCUGGCCAGUAGGGAGCCAUGUUACUGCCUGACAGGGGCGAUACUAGCCAAUCACUGUUUUGGGUUGUUUAUGUGGGGGAUGAUUAAAGCGCUUCCUACUCAGGACCUGAGAGAAUAGUCACUGCUGCCAGAGAGACUCUACUCAUUUUCAUUCUCUAUCCCUUGUUCACCAGACUGCUCAGACAGAUGUCGAUUGUGUUUAACUACAAUAUAGUCAAAUAAUCACCAGGGGAACCCCUUAACAAAAAAUAUCCCAGAGCCUACCUUUAGAGGGCAGCAAAGAUGUGGAGGAUGCCACAGAAACAGGGAGACGAAGAAGAGAAUAUAAAGAUUGUAUGAGAGAUAUUUAAUCCUAUCAGAGAAUCGGGACUUUGAGACAGAUUGGUGCCUGUAUAAGGUGAAUCAGAGCUGUUUGCUGGUGUCUGACACAGCAGCAGCCCCUUAACCCACCAACAACAUCUCCACCCACUCACUCCAGCAGCACAGAAGGACAAAGACAUGAGGUAAUGUCUGCAGGCGCAGAGAGGGGGAGAGAGGGACGGAGUGAGAGGUGAGGGCAAUGGUGUGACGCUGCUCUGCUGUUUAAACCAGUAAUUCCAGUGCAAAAUAAAAGUCUAUUUUAUUUUUACCAGUCCCUUUAAAUUUGCUUUUUUUAUAUAUAUAUCAGAGGAAAAAUUACUUUGGAAAUGAUCACAGUAUCAUUACACAUGUAUAGAAAAUGCACAGUCUGCUUGGACUUUACUGUACAAAGAAUCACAAGCGGGUUCUGUCAGAAAUAGCCUCUGUGUGGAGGAGGAUUGAAUUUAUAAUUCUCCUUUUUUUAUUUAUUUUAACUUUUUUUGCAGGGUUCCUCAGUUCUGGCUCUUGUUUUUAUGUAUUUUAAUUAUUAACUAAGUUAAAAGCAAUUUAAUAUUUUAAGCUCUGCGGAUUAUAAUCUAAUAAAAGAGAGAAAUGCCA